AUGGCGGACGUCGCCACGUGUGCAGCUCCGCCGAUAGACCACACGCAUUUGCACCAUCACGCGCCACUUCCGCAGCACUAUUCCCCGCAGCAGCAGGGUGCAGCCACAGAAUCGCGCGGAGGCCACUUGACCCGCCGACUGCUAAGCCUCGCCUUGCCGCUCCCCGCGGCUGCGAAGCGCGACAUGCCGCCCGGCGAUUCGCCCAGGCGGCGCUGGGUGGUGGAAGUGCCUCUGUCCACCGCGCUCCACGUCACCGACCGCGAGUCGACGGCGGCACUGGGUCGAUGCGUGGAGGACGCGUGGACUGUGGUGCAGCGCGCCGUUGCUGACGUGGCUCGGCAACAAGCCACGUCGCAGGUGGUGCUGGUGCUGGUGGCGGUGGUGCCAUCGUCGGCCGCGGGAAUCUCCGGCGAGGGGGAUAGGGGGGAGGAGGAGAAGCAAGGCGGCGAGCGCGAGGGGGAGGAAGGCGUGGAGGCGUGGGUGGUGCAGCGCGUGCUCCGACCUCUGGUGCAGCGAGCGACGCGAGCCAAGGUGCUGGCCGCUUUCCACGUGGAAAGGGCGGCGUCGCAGGGCGGAGCUGGCAGUUCACGAUUGCCACAUCAGCAGCAGCGUGUGCAGGGCGUGUGCGCCGCUGCGCGCCACUUCGACGCCGCGCGCGUGUACCUGCCAUCCAACCUCUUCACCGCAUCCAACGCCGUGGACUCCGCCGCCGAAUCUCCCCCCGAAUCCGCCGCUUUCCAAGCUUCACAGGCAGCAGUGCUAUCUCCCCGCGAAGCCACGGAGCCCCCCCCGUCGCCUGCGCUGAUCCGCGCGCUGCUGCCCCCGCAGUGCGCGCUCAUCAUGACCGCCUCCGCGCGCCGUCAGCCCAACGGGGCGAGAAUAAGCGCGGAGGCGAGCAGCAAGGGGGCAGACGGUGAUGGGGGACGGAGGGAAGCAGGCCUCCGUGAUGGCAGUGGCGGGCGCGAAGGGUUGACGGCGGUGGCAGGUCCCGGUGCCAUCGACGGCGACCUGUUCCCUUCGUUCUCUCGCACCACGGCCGGUGGUGACUAUGAUGCUGCUGGUAGUGUUGCUGUUAGUAUUGGUGGUGUUGCCAGUAGUGACGGUAGUGGUGGUGGUGCUGGUGGCGCUGCUGCUGCUGGCUCUGCACGUGCCGCGUUGGGCGAGGAGGUAGGGCGGCGGGGAGGGGCUCGCGGUGGUAGUGUUCCGCCCGGCGCCAUCGCACGGGCGCGCAUACAGCAGCCCACCGCACAGGGCCCGACGAUGCGGCAAGGCCAGGGGCAGGCGCAGGGAGUGGGGAGAGAAGCAUGCGGAAGCUGCGUAGGGACGGCGGGGGAGAUGGUUUUUGCGGAGCGGAUGCGGAGGGCGCAGGAGGAGCGCGGUGCGGUGAUGAGAGGCGACGGCGGUGACAGGUUUGGGCCGGGGGAAGGCGAUGGCAGGGUGGCGGGGGGGAACGGCGGAAGUGCGCAGUGGCGCUUACAGAACUCCGCCAUGCCGCUGCAGCGCCGUGGGGAGGGAGGGGCGCACGGCGGCGGCGGCGCGGCUCGUAGUGCUGGGCGGGAACAGCCUGUGCCAGGUCGCGCGUUAGCGGAUAGGCUGUCGGGCGCGGGGAACUCGAGGAGUGGGCCACUGCCGGCUGUGCCGCCAGCAGCGUGCGGUGACGGUGGCGGUGCGGGGCAGGCGCGGAGAGGAGGGGAGGGCGCGGGAUGGAUCCGCGGGGGCACGGGUGGGGAGCAGGAUAGAGAGGGCGGAGUAGUGAGACAGGCAGGCGGCGCUGGGCUGCCGACAGGGGGCGCGCGGUCGGGGCCAAUGCAGCUGCUGGGUGGGGCCGCGCAAGGGUGGUCGCAACCCGGGAAGCAGCAGCUGCAGCCGCAGCAAGGGGUGCAGCAGCGGCAGGGUAAGGGGGAGCGCGAGCGGUGGCAGGGUGUGUUAGCGGGGGUGCGCGGCGGAGAGGCAUGGGCGGAGGCGGCGGAGGUGGAUUCGCAGCUGACGCAGUGGCUGCUGGGGAAGGCGGCCCCUGCUCCCCUUCCCCCGUCCCCGUCCGUUCCCCCGCGCUCAUCUCACUCUCUCAGCGCAGGCCACGGCAUGCCGUCGCCCCUCUCCUCCCCGCCCCCCGCCUACCCCGCCUACCCCGCCUACCCCGCCUACCCCGCCUACCCCGCCUUCGUACCCGCCAGCCACACCAUGCCGGUAGGGCCGUCCGCGGCCCCGGGCCACGCCAUUCCCCCCUCCGUCUCCGCUCCCCCGGGUGCGCCCAUGCCUGCUCCAUGCGCCGCCACCGCUCCCGCCACCCCUCCGCACGCCGCACAGCGCGUAUCAGGGUCAGGCAGUGGCAGUAUUAGCGGCAGGUACGUUGAAGAGAACAUUUCAGUCAAUCCCGCAGCAGCAGCCGCUGCAGGUGCUAGUGCAGGCGUGACAACAUACCACUCCCCCGCCACCACUCCCCCUUCUCUUUCCCCUUCCCAGUCGCCCCUCACGCCCACCCGAUCCCCCUGGUCUCUCCCGCGCGCUCCCCGCCUCCCCGCCGCCACGCCGCUCCCCGCCGCGCCUCCGCCGGUGGUGAAGGAGCGCACCAAGGGGGGCCUGUUUCAGCGCCGCCAGCUCAAGCGCGGCGGCAGCGAGGGCUGCCGCAGCGUUCUCGACGCCGUCGCGGUAGCCUCCUCCGCCCGCUCCCCCGCCGUUCCCCCUUCCGCGCAUUCCUCCUCCGUGCUCCCCAUCUCCCCCAUUUCACCUCACACCUUCUCCGCCGCCGUCUCCCCCAUCCGCGCGUCACUCUCCCCGGAUCCCUCCGCCGCCGCGGGCGCGGCACCUGGCGCGCUCAUAUGGGGCGGGGAAGUGUUUCCGCAUGGGGCGUGGAGCCGAGGGGGCGCGGCAGGAGUGACUGGGGAAGGGGUGAGCGAAGAGCGCGAGAAGGGGGAGCGGGAGAUGGCGGGGCGGCAGCUGGUGGUGCAGGUGCGGGAGGUGGAAAAGGGGGAGGGUGCGGGCAAGGAACCAGCAGGGGGCGGGAAGGGGGAGGUGGGGGAAGAGGGCGAGCGGAGGAAAGCGGCAGCUUGCCCGAGCGAGGGGGAGGGCGAGAGGGCACGAGAGGUGGUGGCGGCGUCGGCGGCGCGGCGGUGGCUGAUGGACGAAUUGGCGGCGCUGGGCGUGGACAGCGGGGAGGAGAGCGGGGCGGGGGAGGGGGAGGACGAGGGGGAAGGGGAGGGCGCGAGGGAGCAGGGCGCGCGGGAGCUUGGCGUGCGAGUGAGCGGGCUGGAGAGGCGCGUGGUGAGCCGGCGGUCGCCCACCAGAGAGCAGUGGGCGGACGAGCUUCCCCAUCCCCACACUGUGCGCCGCACACGCAUGCGCACACCCUCGCUCCUCAGCCAUGUCUGUACCUCCGAUUUCCCUUCCCCCGCCCCAACGGCCUUCAACUCACAUUACUUCUCCUUCCCCUCUCUCCCUUCUUGCCUUUACCCCCGCUUCCCUCUCCUCUCGAUUCCCCCCGUUCCCUCCUCCCCCCCGUCCCUGCCGUUACAGCGCAAUCCCAGCCGUCUAUCGCGCUCCUCGCUCUCCCUGCCGCGCCACUCCGUUCCUCGCCCCGGCCAGUCGUCCGCGCGCCUCGCGCGCACCAGCAGCAGCAUCUCCUCCGCCGCGCGCCCGCCCUGCGCUGCUGCCCCGGGGGGACGACUUGGGGGGAGCAUGGGCGGGAGCACAGGCGGAAACGCAGGCGGAAACCCAGGCGGGAGCAUGGGCGGGAGCAUGGGGGGGGGCAUGGGGACAAACAUGGGGGGGAGCAUGAGCGGCAGUUGGAUCAAUCCGAACAUGCGCGCAGGCACAGCGGCGGCGGGGGGAAGGGGGGUAGCAGGGGCGGGGAGACAGGGACAACCGGGCAUGGGGGGAGUGCGGCGGCCAGCAACAGGAGCAGGCAGCGUAGGCAGCGUAGGCAGCACGGGCAUGAGGGGCAGCAUAGGCGGGAGGAGUGCGAGCAUGGAGGUGGCGCGUGCGCGGCUGCUGGCAGAGGACGCGGCGCUCACAGACGCCAUCCUCACAGGCGCCCUCAUGCCACCCCCCGCCUCCUCCUCCUCCUCCGCCUCCCUGCGCUUCCCCCAGCGCGCGCAGCAAGGCAGUACCGCCAGUGCUAGCAGCAACGGCGGUGGUAUGAUUGGCAGCAGCGUGGGCGGCAGUCACAGCAUCAGCGUGGUGAUCGGGCGGCGCAGCCUGGACAGCAGCAGCAGCGGCGCGGUGCUGCAGAGACAGGGCAGUGCGGCGCUCAAACGACAGGGUAGCAUGCGGCAGGGUGGUGGGCAGAGUGGUGGGCAGGGUGGUGGGCAGAGUGGUGGGCAGGGUGGCAUGGGUCAGAGCGGCAUGGGUCAGAGCGGCAUGGGUCAGAGCGGCAUGGGUCAGAGCGGCAUGGGUCAGGGCGGCAUGGGUCAGAGCGGCAUGGUAGCAGGCAGCCCCCUCCACAGCACCCCCACCACCCCCACGGGCGGCAGCGGCAGAAGCAGCGGCAGUGGCAGCGGCAGGAGCCCGGCGAGGCUGCCAGCAGGGCAGCGGUCGCGCGUGUUCACCCCCGCAGACCUCGCCCGUGCCACAGACAACUUCCACUCAACCCGCCUGGUGGGAUCGGGUGCAUACGGCCCCGUGUUCCGCGGCGCCAUCCACGGCUGCGACGUGGCUGUCAAGCGCCUGAGGGCGCGCGAGGGGCGCGCGCGCAGUGAGGGCAGAGAGGCGUUCAAGCGCGAGGUGCAGGUGCUGAGCCGCGUGCGGCACCCCAAUGUGGUGCUGCUCAUGGGGUGCUGCCCUCAGGACCUGUCUCUUGUCUACGAGUUCAUGGCGGGGGGGAGCCUGCAGCACCGGCUGGCAGCGCAGCACAAGCGAGGUGCGCAGGAGCAGGAGAAGGCAGGGAGCAGCGGUGGCAACAAGAUUGCGGACGUGGGGCUCGCAUGCCUGCUGCGCGACGGCAGCACGGUGGUAACCACACACCGCAUGCGCGGCACCGUGGGAUUCAUAGACCCGGAGGCUAUUGCGUGUGGGGAGCUCUCCCCCGCCUCCGAUGUGUAUGCGUUGGGGGUAGUGGCGCUCAUGCUGCUCACCGGUGCUGACUCCCCCAAGCAUGUGCACCGCCUGCUCGCCCUCUGCCCCACCACCAUCUCCUCCCCGCCUCCCCCCUCCCCCAUCACCCCGCACACCACCGCUGGUGGUACCGAUGCUGACAGCGACCCGCCUCUGACUCCCAGGAGCGCCCUGCCGGCAGUGCCCACACGCGACCUGCUCCAGUCAGUGGCCAUCCUGCUGCCGCACCUUGACACGCUGGCGGGUGCGUGGCCUGCUGACGUGGCGCAGCGGGUGCUGCGGGUGGCGGUGCGGUGUGUGGAGCGGGAUGCGCGCAUGCGAGCUGACCUGGCAGGAGAGGUGGUGCCCGCGUUCAGCGAGGCGGCCGCUGCUGGCAGGGCCGAUGUGACGCGGCGCAGCGACGCGCUGGAGAGCACUCUCGUGUGCCCGCUCUCCAAGCAACGCAUGCAGGACCCGGUGAUAGCAGCAGACGGGUUCACAUACGAGCGGCGCCACAUGGAGGCGUGGCUGGCGUCGUCGCUCCUCUCGCCCUCCACCGGCCAGCCCCUCCCCCACCCAGGCCUCACCCCCAACCACCUCCUGCGCUCCAUCAUCCUGGGAUCCCAGGGCAACCAGGCCUCCCGCAACUGA